AAAGCGUGCACCGCAGUAUUCUGGAUUGAUGCCUCCAGGAAGCCAGACUACAACAAAGCUUUUCAGAUGUUGCUAGAGAGGUUUUGCCAUAUUGAACGGACAUGGUGAGCCAGGUAACUUCACACACAAGUGACAAGAGACAGGAAUUUGGCAGUCUCAGAAAGAAAUGCAUACCAAAUACCGAGCAGGCGAGCACAGUGGCGGCUCAUUUGUUAGUAAAGUGGCUCAUGAUCCCAGGAAAUGAUGAUUGGCUUUUGAUCUUCGAUAACUUCGAUGAUAUGUGGGUUGCUUGACAUCAGGCCUUAUAUACCAAAGAUAUCAACCGGGAGCAUU